AUGGAGGACGUUUCUAUUUCUGGGACACUCAGUUCUCCCCAAUGUCCUCAGAGUGCCUCCUUCUCUUUCACUGUCACAACAGGCACCUCAUUAAACAGAUCAACUGAGGGUUCCAGCAGCCAAGAAGAGAUGGAAAAAUCAGAUAGGGGUUCCAGUAGCCAAGAAGAGAUGGAACAAUCAAGCACUUUGCAAUCCCUGCCAGACCUUGAGAACUUGCACAUAGACCUUCUAGAUGAAAAGGUGGAAUUGCUAAUCAGUUUCCUGCUGCAAAAGUAUCAAAUGAGAGAGCCGGUCACAAAGGCAGACAUGAUUGGUAAUGUUGUCAAAGAGUACAAGGAUGACUUCGUUGAGAUUCUCAGGAGUGCCUCUGAGCGCAUGGAGCUGGUCUUUGGCCUUGAUGUGAAGGAAGUGGAUCCCAUCAGUCAUAGCUAUACCCUUGCUAACAAGCUGGAUCUCACCUACAACGGAAUGCUGAGUGAUCAACAGGGCAUGCCCAAGACUGGCCUCCUGAUAAUUAUCUUGGGAGUGAUCUUCAUGGAGGGGAACUGCGCCACUGAGGAGGAAGUCUGGAAAGUGCUGAAUAUGAUGGAUAUAUAUUCUGGGAGGAAGCAUUUCAUCUUUGGGGAACCUGGGAGGCUCAUCACCAGUGAUUUGGUGAAGGAAAAGUAUCUGGAGUACCAGCAGGUGCCCACUAGUGAUCCCCCUCGCUAUGAAUUCCUGUGGGGUCCAAGAGCCCAUGCUGAAGUCAACAAGAUGAAAUUGCUGGAGUUUUUGGCUAAGAUCCAUGGAACCAACCCCAAGAGCUUCCCGUCUCAGUAUCAGGAGGCUUUGAGAGAUGAAGAAGAGCGAGCCCGAGCCAGAAUUGAAGCUACGGCCGGCACAAGUGCCAUGGCCAGUGCAAGUUCUGAUUUCUCCCACCCUUACUGAAGACUGAGGCAGACUCUGCACUUUGUUCU